AUUCUUACUCCUCUCCGCUCAUCGGAAUUCCUUACUGGUAUUUACUCUGUUGUUUUAGGCUGGCAUCUGUUGGCAAAGCUUUCUCUUCCCAUGUUCCCCCACCUCAGUUAAACACUCAGAGGAGAGAAUUGGGAGAGAUCAAGCCGAGUCCGUCCCAUCUCCACAGGAGAGCCGGGCAGUGUCGCUUCACCCUCCUCUUGUCCUUCGGACAGGGUUGCCAUGGAGACGGCGAUGUCACCAGUUGCAAUUCUGAUGUCACUCCCCAGUCCCAACAAGGGUGAGAGAGGCUGGAGGAGGAAUCAAGAUCUUGAGCUGAGCAAGAACAUCCCAGCAUCUUUGUUGACUUUAAAAGUGUGUUCUGGAGUCUGCUGUGGUUCACUGUUCGCGAGCUACAGAGAUGGCGGAUAAGGUUGAUUGGUUACAAAGCCAAAGUGGAGUCUGCAAAGUUGAUGUCUAUUCCCCUGGAGACAGCCAACCCCAGGAAUGGAAAAUGAACGAGUCAACAGAUCCUGUCCGGGUCCUUAGCUGGCUCCGCAAGGACUUAGAGAAAAGCACAGCAGGGCUCCAAGACCUUCACUUCAAGCCCGGCGAGUCCUGCGUGGGCGAGGAGCUGGCCGGCCCCGCGGACGUGCGCAAGGGCUUCUCCAUCGAUUACUACAACAGCCAAGGGCGGCCCCGGAGGCUGCACUUCGAGAUGACCCACAAGGAGCACCCGCACGGCCCCGGCGCCCCGCUGGGCAGCUCCAGCUCCGUGGACGAGGUCUCCUUCUACGCCAACCGCCUCACCAACCUCGUCAUCGCCAUGGCCCGCAAGGAGAUCAACGAGAAGAUCGACGGCUCGGAGAACAAGUGCGUGCACCAGUCGCUGUACCUGGGCGACGAGCCCGCGCCCACCAAGAGCCUCAGCACCCUCGCCUCGGAGCUGGUGGACGACACGGUCUACGUGUGCUCCAAGGCCCCCGGCUCCGGGGACAGGGCCCUGGGGUCCUCGCGGAGCCCCCCGAACUUCAAGUACAAGAGCACUUUGAAGAUCAAGGAGAACAAGGGCCCCGACAACCCUUCGUCCAGAAAGUCCUUCUUCUACAAGGAGGUGUUCGAGUCGAACGCGGGCGACGCCCGGGACGGCGGGCGGGACCGGAAGAUGUUCCAGGACCGGCCCGACGACUUCACGGAGUCGGUCAGCCAGGGCAUCAUGACCUACGCCAACAGCGUGGUGUCGGACAUGAUGGUGUCCAUCAUGAAGACGCUGCGCAUCCAGGUGAAGGACUCCACCAUCGCCACCAUCCUGCUGAAGCAGGUGCUGCUCAAGCACGCCAAGGAGGUGGUGUCGGACCUCAUCGACUCCUUCAUGAAGAACCUGCACAACGUCACCGGCACCCUCAUGACCGACACCGACUUCGUGUCGGCCGUCAAGCGCAGCCUCUUCUCGCAGGGGAGCCAGAAAGCCACCGACAUCAUGGACGCCAUGAUGGGCAAGCUCUACAACGUGAUCUUCACCAAGAAGGCCCCCCAGGGCGCGAGCAAGACGAAGGACCGCUGCGAGAGCUUCUCCAUGGUGUCCAUGAAGGGCCAGGGCGACCCCAAGGGCCGCAACGUCAACUUCGUGAAGUCGGAGGCCAAGACGCGGGAGAAGACGUACUCGGCGUGCAAGCCGGAGAAGGAGAAGACGUGCAUGGAGACUGGCGAGCACCUCAUCAAGCAGGGCCUCACCCUGUGGCACAAGAACCAGCAGAAGGACUGCCGCGCCCCCCACGCCGAGCACGCCCCGAGCCCCGCCGCCGACCUGCCCUUCGACUGCCCCGACGGCGGCGACCUGAGCCCCCCGCUGCCCUACCCCGAGAGCCUGGAGAACUUCAUGGGCGACGCCAACUCGUGGGGCAAGGACCUCAUCGUGUCCGCCCUGCUGCUCAUCCAGUACCACCUGGCGCAGGGGGGCAGGAUGGACCCCCAGAGCUUCCUGGAGGCCGCGGCCACCACCAACUUCCCCGGCGGCGCGGGCCCGGACGAGGCCCGGCCCAAGCCCCCGCCCCGGCCGUGCGAGCAGGAGCAGGCCGAGAAGAAAGACCUCAUGAGCGUCAUCUUCAAUUUCAUCCGGAACCUCCUCAGCGAGAUCUUCAAGGGGGAGCGCGGCGGCCCCCCCCGGGCGCCCGAGCCGCCGGUCGAGUGCCGCUGCGACCCGCCCCCGACCCCCAGCCCCGCCCGCUGCUGCGACUGCGGCGAGGAGGCGGGCGGCGCCCUCUCGGGGCUCACCAAGAUGGUGGCCAGCCAGCUGGACGGCCGCACGCCGGGCCACAUGCUGGACCAGCUGGUGGACUCGGUGAUGAAGCUGUGCGUCAUCAUCGCCAAGUCCUGCGACUCGCCGCUGGCCGAGCUGGGGGACGAGAAGUCGGGCGACGCCAGCCGGCCCGCCUCGGCGCUGCCCGACGGCCUGUACGAGUGCCUGCCGGCCCGGGGCGCGGGCACCGCCGAGGCGCUGCUGCAGCACGCCUACCGGGCCAUCCACGACGAGCUGCGUGGCGCCUACGGCCAGCCGCCCGACGGCUGCGCCGGGCCCAAGGUGGUGGUGAGCAACCACAACCUGGCCGACACCGUGCAGAACAAGCAGCUGCAGGCCGUGCUGCAGUGGGUGGCCGCCUCCGAGCUCAACGUGCCCAUCCUCUACUUCGCCGGCGACGACGAGGGCAUCCAGGAGAAGCUGCUGCAGCUGUCGGCCGCCGCGGUGGAGAAGGGCCGCAGCGUGGGCGAGGUCCUGCAGUCGGUGCUGCGCUACGAGAAGGAGCGGCAGCUGGACGAGGCGGUGGGCAACGUCACGCGGCUGCAGCUGCUGGACUGGCUGAUGCUGAACCUGUGAUGGCGCCCGGCCGGCCCCGCCCCGCCCCGCCCCGGCCCCGGCCGGCCCCCCCCCCCAGAGC